AGCGGGUUUAGCCAUCAGGAAGACGUUUUAGAAUCGAGGUACCGCCGGCUGCGUGUUUCCGGAAGACGUGGCGGCUGCUGCCCGGGUUGUUCUCCCUUACAUCCUCCCAGGCACUAUUCGCGUUCCCUAAAGUCGCUGCUGCCUCCGGCACUACGACCACCGCAGCCAUGAUCUCCUUAACGGAUACACAGAAAAUUGGAAUGGGAUUAACAGGAUUUGGCGUAUUUUUCCUAUUUUUUGGAAUGAUUCUCUUUUUCGACAAAGCACUACUGGCUAUUGGAAAUGUACUAUUUGUGGCUGGAUUGGCUUUCGUAAUUGGUUUGGAAAGAACAUUUAGAUUCUUCUUUCAGAAACACAAAGUUAAAGCUACAGGGUUUUUCCUGGGUGGUGUAUUUGUAGUUCUUGUUGGUUGGCCUUUGAUAGGCAUGAUCCUUGAAAUUUAUGGAUUCUUUCUUCUAUUCAGGGGAUUCUUUCCUGUAGUGGUUGGCUUUAUUAGAAGAGUGCCAGUCCUUGGAUCCCUCUUGAAUUUACCAGGAAUAAGAUCACUUGUAGAUAAAGUUGGAGAAAGCAACAAUAUGGUAUAACAGCAAGUGGACUAAAGAUUACGUUAAAAUUGCAUUAUUUACAAAAGCCCCUUUGAAGAAUAUUCAGCACAAAAUUAAAUUACACAAAUGGCUUGUAACACCUUUUACAUAAGUUUAUAACUUGUAGUCUGUGAAGUACCUACAGUAAUUAGCAAUGAAGCAAUGAAAAGGUGCUUGAUUCCAAGACAAGUGACUAAGAAUUCAGCAAGUGAACUGAAAAAGGGGAAUGCCAUGUUACAAUCUAUGUUGAAACUGUUGAGAGCUAUUUUUAUUGUUGUUUUUUUCACAAUAUGCUAAAUACAGCCAUCCCUAUAGAACUGUGGUGCCUGAUCUCUGCUCCUUAUUUUGAAGGUGCAGGAGAACCACCAGGCAUUUGGUUUUUUAAGAAGUGCUCAUUGCAAUGGCAAAAACAUUUCCUGUUGUUUAACAAGAAUUGUAGCUCCAAAAGUGAUGCAUGAGUUAGGUUGGAUUAUGUCAUUUUAAUGUAUUAAAAACAAAGGAAAAUCCAAACAACUUUGUUGUAUGAAUCAAACUCUUUUGUUGUUUGUAAAUACAUAGUUUAAAUAAAACUUUUGCUGUUCUUAGGAAACAAAGCCAGACGUAAAUGCUAACUGGAUUUACCUUCUGGGCUGGAAUAUGCAAAGGUCACUGAUUUUUUAACUUGGACCCUAAAUUAUAGGUGACUAAAGCUUUCUUCAGUCAGUAGAGUACUUUGGAUAUACUACACUCCACGCCUUGGGGGAUUUAAUCUCCAAGAUACCUGCAUGUAUAAUUACAUGUGAGCAGAAGAAGACAUACCCUUUGUCUGCUAAGUAACCUGUCAUAUAUCCUGUCUCAUGGGAUAGUCUUUUAUUUAAGAUAUUACAUGAUGGUAACUCAUAUUUUUCUUAUUCAAAAUAUAGUUUGUUUUGAAAGUUUGAAAGGGCUGUCUGGCAUGAUGGUGAUUUCCUUAGGGAGACAGAAAACCCUACGAGGUUCAGAUCUUAUUUUGCUAUUGUUCAUAAAUGUAAAACUCCCUAAAUAGUUUGCCUGUUGUUUACCUUGAGACAUGUGAAGUGUUGAAAAAUGGAAACGUCUGAUUGUAUCUUAAAGGGCUAUUCAUAUAAACUGAAAUGUUUUUCUUAUUUAAACAUGUCUUGUGUUUGAUAUGAAGAUUUUCCUCAAAAGGGUCACCUGAAAAAAUACUUGAGUGAUAUAAGCAGGUUAUUCUAGAAUAUUUAGUGAUUAGAGUCUUUCAAAGGUAAGAGAGCUAGGAAAAAUGUAUUACUUCUAUUUUACCAUCACCAUUUACUAUGUGAUAAGAAAUUAAAUUUUCUUCUUUACUAGUCUUCCCCAGUUGGCAUACUUUUUUAAGAUUGUAGAAACAUUUGAAACACAUUUUUUUUACAACCUUAGUACUACUUAUUCUACUCCUUGUGAUCAUAUUCACUUUUUUUUUACAUUUUGCAAUGCUUCUUGAUCCAAAAAAAUCAUAAUUGUAGAGAUUGGUUUUUGUUUUUAAAAUGAUGUGCUACUUCUGUUACAUCUCAAGUUUAUUCUGUUGGAAGAGUUGACACUGAGAAAAAGGGGGUUGGGAAAGACUCCCAACCUCAUUCAAAACAGAAGAAAAAGAUUUAAAUGUACAGUGAAAUGGUUCCAUCUUGUAGAAUCAAUGCAGAGGCCUUUGAUGCAUGAUAUAACUUAUGAAGCUGAUAAGACAUUUUAAAAUGGAGACUCCUACCUCAACAGCUGUCAGAAUCUUAAAAGAUUUGGUGUUUUAUGUCUGUGUAAUUUUCAAAUAGUUAUCCAUUGGAGAAUGUAAAAACUAUACUUUAGGUUCUGAGUGUUCUAGGCCUUUGUUCUACCUAUUUUUUAACAGAUGAUCAUUACUUACAGUAGAUUGUGAAAUCUGCCUUUUUUUAAAAGCAAGAACAAAAUCUACUUAAACAAAUAGCUGCAUUGUAAUUGGUAUGACUCCUUUGUAGAUGUGAAUUUCUAUCAACUUAUUUCUUGCACUGUGAUAAAUACUCCUUUCCCAAGAACUUUCUUUUAGUAAAUAAUGUUGGGCAGAAACUUGGAAGAGAUCUAACAGUAACCUCUCAGUCAAUAAAAUUGAGAGGCGGUGCAAUUUUCAGUUUAAGUGAGUCCACUGUUAAGAUCAGUCUUGAUGUCCAAGCUGCUUGGAAGCAUUGUAUAUUUUAUAGAGGUACCGCUCUUCUGACAGAAAGCAAUGUAAAUACCACUGUCUCUUAAGUUAGCUUUCUGUCUUUGCUACUAAAGUGUAAUUUGAUUUCUAUAGAGGUGGAGGAAAAGGUCAAAUGCUACCUAGCCUUAAGUGUUUCUGUCAUUGCUCAAGUGUAUUUUCUGUAACAGAAACAUAAUUGGAAUGUUUUUCUUUCCCCUAAUAAAUUGUAAUUCUUAAAAUAUUGCUGCUUUAAAAGUCUCACAAACAGGUUAUAUGAUCUAAGCAAUUGAAUAAUGUAAAUACACUUGUCUUACCUCUCAAUAAAAAGAUACUUUUGUAUUAA